AUGAGCUCUUCAGAAGAGCCUACGGCAGACGAAGUGAAGGACCUGUUCGAAAAACUUGAGCAGAAGUUUCCCUCCAAGACGCUGGGUGCAGAAAGAUGGUAUCUCGUUGCGAUUGCUGCGCUCACGGGAGGAGGCCAGCCCGAAUUUGCGGGAAACCUAUACGCAUACUUGGUCGAAAGACCGCACUAUGCUACUUCCGAAGCCCGACAAGCUCUUGUUCGUCGCUUAAGAGAAGCGCUUGUCAAAAGCGUGUCUAUCAUUGGAGUUUGCAGGCCCCUCGAGGCGAUCUUUAACAUCGAUGCAGUGCAGAAACCUGAAGACAAAGAUUACUCGUUCUCACGAGAGAACUGGCAAUCCGGACCUGAGAAUCAUGCACGAGGGGUCGCGUGGCUUGACAAAAUUUACAAGCACAACAGAACCGGCACGAUCAACUCUCUUGCCGCCCAUAAAGAUUUCGCCUGGAUCUCCGCAAACAUCACUUAUGGGUUGUACCUUUCCGACCGCCAAAUCCUCGACGACAUUGACACAGAAAUGGUAGUUCUCUCGGGUAUCAUGAUCCAGAACCUGAAGCGGGAAACGGGGUGGCAUCUGCGAGGAACGCGGCGUGUGGGCGUAAGCCAUGAAGAUGUUGAGGUAGUUCAGCAAUGCAUUGAGAUGGUUGCCGCCUUUGCGAGGAUUCGCCUGAAUAAGAUUCCUAGGGUCGCGGAUAUCGAGCAUGAGGUCUGA